AUGAACGUUAAACGCAAGCAAUUUGGUAAACCGAACGAACCUAGCACAUCGGGCGGCCCCAAAAAGUUUCGCACCGAAGAUGAUGAUGAGGACGAGUUCGAAAGCUACUGCGAAGCGGAGCUGGCCAUCCUGGACGAUGACGCCGACACGGCACGCAUCGGCUUGGGACCGGAGAAUGAAAAUACUUGCUCGAAAUGGAGCCGUCCGGAGCCCGCUCCCUUAAGCCCGGUAUCCGAUGCGCUGAUAUUUCAACAGAUUGACAUCGACCACUACAUCGGCAGACCAAUGGCCGGUAUGCCGGGGGCACAGAUCGGUCCCGUUCCGGUGAUGCGGAUGUUUGGCGUCACCAUGGACGGCAACUCGGUGUGUGCCCACGUUCACGGUUUUACGCCCUAUCUAUACGUGGCGGCGCCGCGUGGUUUCACCAAAGCGCACCAGCCCGAGUUUCGGGCCGCACUCAACAAGGCGGUGCUGAACGAUAUGCGCUCGAACAAAGAGAACGUCCAGGAAGCGGUGCUGGAAGUGGAACUGCUCGAACGCCAAUCGAUUAUGGGCUACAACGGGGAGGAUAAGUUCCAGUUUGUGCGCGUGACGGUCGCUCUGCCAAGACUGCUGGCUGCGGUAAAGCGGCUGCUGGAGAAGGAACAGAUGAUUCCGUCGCUCGACUUUCAGGACUGCCGGGUGUACGAAAGUAACAUCGAUUUCGACAUUCGCUUCAUGGUGGACCGUGCGGUGGUGGGUUGCAGCUGGAUCGAGCUGCCGGCCGGUACGUGGAGCCGUCGGCAGAAGGGCGGAGCGUCGGGGGUCAUGUCGCCGGAGACACGCUGUCAGAUCGAGGUGGACGUUGGAUUCAACGCAUUCAUAGCCCACGAACCGGAAGGCGAGUGGGCCAAAGUGGCCCCGUUACGUAUAUUGAGCUUCGACAUUGAGUGUGCCGGACGGAAGGGAAUCUUUCCCGAGCCCCAGCAUGAUCCGGUCAUCCAGAUUGCGAACAUGGUCAUCAGGCAGGGCGAGCAGGAACCGUUUCUGCGCAACGUGUUCACCCUGAACACUUGCGCACCGAUUGUCGGAGCGCAAGUGUUGAGUUGUCGCACCGAACAGGAGCUGCUCGAUAAGUGGGCUUGCUUCGUGCGCGAACUCGAUCCGGACAUCCUGACCGGGUACAAUAUCAACAAUUUCGACAUCCCCUAUCUGCUGAACCGCGCCAGCCAUCUGAAGGUGAGAAACUUUGAGUAUCUCGGGCGCAUUACCAACAUCCGGUCGGUCAUCAAGGACACGGUGAUCCAGUCGAAGCAGAUGGGACGCCGGGAGAACAAGUACGUCAACUUCGAGGGUCGCGUUCCGUUCGACCUGCUGUUUGUGCUGCUGCGCGACUACAAGCUGCGCUCGUACACGCUGAACGCGGUCAGUUACCACUUCCUGCAGGAGCAGAAAGAGGACGUCCACCACAGCAUCAUCACGGAUCUGCAGAACGAAAGCGAACAGACGCGCCGCCGGUUGGCCAUGUACUGUCUGAAGGACGCCUACCUGCCGCUCCGGUUGCUCAACAAACUGAUGUGCAUCGUCAACUACAUGGAAAUGGCCCGCGUAACGGGUGUGCCGCUGUCCUGUCUGCUGACGCGCGGCCAGCAGAUCAAAGUCAUGAGCCAGUUGCUGCGCAAAUCGAAGGCCGCUGGCUAUCUGAUUCCUUCGUACCAGAGUUCCGGUUCGGAGGAGCAGUACGAAGGGGCGACCGUCAUCGAACCGAAGCGCGGCUACUAUGCGAAUCCGAUUUCUACGCUCGAUUUUGCGUCCCUGUACCCCAGCAUCAUGAUGGCACACAAUCUCUGCUACACGACGCUCGUGCAACCGAACAUGAAGGACAAACUGAAUCUCAGCCCCGACCGGCUCACGCACACACCGGCCAACAAUGUGUUCGUCAAAGCGUCCGUCCGGAAGGGUUUGCUGCCGGAGAUUCUGGAAUCGUUGCUGGCCGCCCGCAAGCGGGCCAAGGCGGAUUUGAAGGUCGAAACGGAUCCGUUCAAGCGCUCCGUGCUGGACGGUCGACAGUUGGCGCUGAAAAUUUCGGCCAACUCCGUGUACGGGUUCACGGGAGCUCAGGUUGGCAAGUUGCCGUGCUUGGAAAUUUCCGGCUCCACUACGGCGUACGGUCGGACAAUGAUCGAACAAACGAAGCAAGAGGUCGAGCGGCGCUACAAGGUCGAGAAUGGGUACGAGAACGAUGCCGUGGUCAUCUACGGUGACACGGAUUCCGUCAUGGUGAACUUUGGUGUGUCGACGCUCGAGCGGAGCAUGGAGCUCGGCAGGGAAGCGGCCGAGUUCGUGAGCGCCAAGUUUGUGAAACCGAUCAAGCUGGAGUUCGAGAAGGUGUACUAUCCGUAUCUGCUCAUCAACAAGAAGCGGUACGCGGGUCUGUACUUUACGCGCCCGGACCGGUACGACAAGAUGGACUGCAAGGGCAUCGAGACGGUGCGGCGUGACAACUCGCCGCUGGUGGCCAAUCUCAUGAACAACUGCCUGCAGAAGCUGCUGAUCGAGCGCAACCCGGACGGUGCGAUCGAGUACGCAAAGCAAACGAUCUCCGAUCUGCUCUGCAACCGGAUCGACAUCUCGCAGCUGGUCAUCACCAAGGAGCUGUCGAAGAGCGACUACGCGGCCAAGCAGGCGCACGUCGAGCUGGCGAACAAGAUGCGCAAGCGCGAUCCCGGCAACGCUCCGAAGCUGGGCGAUCGCGUACCGUACGUGCUGAUUGCGGCGGCCAAAAACACGCCGGCCUACCAGAAAGCCGAGGAUCCGAUCUACGUGCUCGAAAACUGUAUUCCGAUCGAUGCCAAUUACUAUCUCGAAAAUCAACUCUCGAAACCACUGCUCCGUAUCUUUGAGCCCAUCCUGGGUGAAAAGGCGGAAUCGAUCUUACUCCGGGGCGAUCAUACGCGCACGCGAUCGGUGGUAACGUCGAAGGUGGGCGCCCUGGCUGCGUUCACAAAGAAGCGGGACGCGUGCCUUGGCUGUAAGGCUCUGCUGGCGGCCGGCGAAGAAGGAAGACCCCUUUGCCAGCACUGUACGGUGAACGAACCGGUCCUCUACCAAACGGAACUGGCCGCCCAACGAACGCUCGAGGAACGCUUCUGCCGCCUGUGGACCGAGUGCCAGCGGUGCCAGGGAUCGCUGCACGAGGAGGUGAUCUGCACGAGUCGUGAUUGUCCCAUCUUCUACAUGCGCACCAAGAUCAAGAUGGAGCUGGACACGCAAGAGAAGCGGGUCGCUCGUUUCGGUCUGCCCAGCUGGUGA